AUGGAUAAUUUCAUCGUAUCCAAUGUUGAUCGUAGCAGAGAAGGUUGGACUGAAGAGGAGAUGGCCUUUGAUCCAAGAAUUUUGGCAAGCCAGCGUCCGUUGUGGGAUGCCUUGAAGAAAACCAUCAACAGGCUCGUGAACAAAGUCACGGUAUCCAACGUUAGGAAUGUUGCAAAAGAAUUGUUGUCCGAAAACUUGAUAUGGGGUAGAGGUUUGUUUUGCUCUGCAAUUCUCAAGACCUCCAUAGCAUCCCAUAGUUUCACACCUGUUUUCGCGGCCUUGGUUGCAGCGAUCAACUCAAGAUACCCUGAUGUUGGGUACCUUCUGAUCAAAAGAAUUGUGGAACAGUUCAAGAUUGGUUGCAAGCAAAACGAUAAGCACCAAUUAGUGCCGCUUGUGAAGCUCUUGGCUCAUUUAGUCAACCAAGGAGUUGUACAUGAAUUGCUGGCAGUUGAGUUUCUGUUUGUUCUUUUACAAGACGCUACAGAGGAUAAUAUAGAAGUUGCUGCUAUCUUGGUUCGACAGUGCGGUUCUACAAUCCUUGAAUCCAAUCCAAGAGGGCUCGCUGCUGUUUUCGAGAGGUUCAGAGAAAUACUUCAGGAUGGGGAUAUGGAUAAGCGUGCUGAAUCCUUAAUUGAGAGCUUGUUUGCUAUCAGAAGUUCCAGGUUUUCUAGUUACCCUGCCAUGCGCCCUGAGCUGGAUAUUGCUGAAUCGGCUGAUCAAGUCAUCCAUGAAAUCUCUCUUUGCAAUGACUUGGAUCCAGAGAUGUACCUUGACGUGUUUCACCUUGAUCCUCAGGUUCUGAUGAGCGAUGAAGAGAGGUAUAAAAUGCUCAAAGCAAUUGUGCUUGGAGAAGAGGACUAUGAGAAGCAUGCGGAUGAUGGAGCAGCUAAAUCCAACCAAGGUAUAUCUGAGGAGGAUUCAAGCAUUGAAGACAAGACUGAGACUGAUGUUGAGAACCUUAAAAAGACCAUCUUUCUCACUAUGAUGUCAGGUAAUGAUUUUGAGGAUGCUGGACACAAGCUCCUUGCCAUUCCAUUGCGUCGAAAUCAGGAGAUGGUAAUCUGCAAAAUGCUGCUAGACUGCUGCUCCCACCAGAAGACGUACAACAGAUACUUCACACUGUUGGCACAGCAACUUUGCCUGCUCAAAGAGGUAUAUCGUGACAAUUUUGAGAACUGCUUUCUCCUGCAGUACUCCAUUGUUGACAGCCUUAAGACACACAAGCUGCACAAUGUUGCCAAAUUUUUUGCCCAUCUUCUGUCCAGUGAUUCCCUGACAUGGCAUAUAUUGGGCUGCAUUCGCCUCACAGAGGAGAAUACUGCUGCUACUACUUCAUCAUCAGGGAUGUUCAUCAAAAUCUUAUUCCAGGAGUUGGCAAAGGAGCUUGGUGUUCCCUUGCUCAAGAAGAGGCUGAAUGAUCCAACUCUACAGGGAUCGCUUGAUUCAAUAUUCCCCAAGAAUAAUAAUACAAGAAACUUGCGUUUCUCAAUCAACUUCUUCACCUCCAUUGGGAUUGGAGGCCUAACAGACAACCUCAGAGAAAACUUGAGAAAUAUGCAAAAGCAAAAUCACCAGGUCUCGUCUCAUUCUGAUCAGGGAACUCAGAGCUUUGGCACCGGUGGAUCAAAACCAUUCCAAUAG